AUGUUUUUAAAACCGCCCCGACACGCCGGUCCGCAAUGUGGUCUGCCUCCUGUCGUCAUUAGGCAUCCUGACUAUCCUGAACACCAAAAUACCUUACUCCGUUUCCCCAGGUUGGAUUCUGCUGUGAAACAGGAUCAGCAUCACUAUGGCGUCCAUCAUGGAACUGUCUUGACAGCUUGUCAGAUCAUCACGGGCAAUCCCUCAACAGCGUACCUGAGUCACGAUAAGCACGGGAACUUGCGCGUGACAAUUGACUACGAUGGCGUAUUGUUGAGUACAGAAUAUUUCCUUCAAGUUCCUACAGGAAUAGAUGAUACCAACCCAUACGCUGUCAUCUGCAAUUUUGAAGAUUGGAAGUUUCCACACAACAACAUACCUGCAGAAUGGACCAAUUUGGAGAGCGCACCAUUAACAGCAGUGUCAGCAUCCCGUAUUUGCUCCCUCUCAGGUAGUAGUGUAUCAACAGAGCCAGCGUAUCUCGUACCCCAGAACCAAUCCGACUGGUUCCACCAAAACCGAAUGGGCGAUUACAUUGCGAACCGUGGCCAAGAUUCCGGGCCAGGCAAUGCCUCGAAUACCUGCCACCUUCAAAGUGAUCUUUUGAGGGAUCUCAAUGAUCAAGCCUUUGCCCUGGUACCGAAAAAGUCACCUGAAGGCGGCUACCGUCUUGUUGCGCAUUAUCUAUCAACUUCGGAUUAUCUUUCAUACCCCUCAAACAUUUUCCACAAUCAGGAGGUUUACCAACUGGAAAGGUACAUGGUAGAGUUUCUAUACGCUUGCUUUGCGUAUGCAACCUUUGGUCUCCUUGGCAAUUUCAUGGAGUAUGAAAGACGAGUGGCAGUUCUGGAACCUGGAAAAGAUGCAAGUGGGAUGGAUACGUGGGUCACGAGUGUAUGUCGGAUGAAUCCGCAACAACUAGCUGACCGGCGAAAUCAUCUCGAGACUCGGUCUCUCAGAAAGCGAAAUCUUCCAGGAUCUGGAAUGUUUACUGAACACCUACACGGGACGCGGUCUGAUCGAGAAUCGCUUGCCAGACUAGGGCGACCCAUCAUAUCACUCCAAUCACGUCGGUCACUCCGUGCUCCCGGCGAUCGUUCACUUCAACCUUGGUCAAAUCAUUCUCGUGAGCAAGCACGCUCACUCACCUUCAACGACCUUCCACAAGAGGUCCGUCACUUAAUCUGGGAGGCAACUUGGCGUGAACCUCGCGUGAUCGGGAUUGAGACACCUGAUUGUGAUUUUGAGUCGCAAAACUUCCCUGCAAAUUACGGCAAGCUUAAGAUCGUCGGAAGUAUGACGAGUUGGCUUGGCAGAGAUAGACCUGAACCAGUUGAUGAAGAUGGAGAAGUUAUAACUGGACGAGUGCCCAAGGAAUAUCAAUACCCAGUCGCUUUGUCUAUAUGUGUUGAGUCUCGGACUCAUGCACUUAGGCACUUCACUCUGAUCCGCCAUCACAAGCGCAUCGAAUAUUCAUUUUAUUUCAACCCGACACUCGACGUCUUCACUCCUUCAGGAAGAUCGAUUUCUACGGACGACAUUAUCCCAUACAUGUCACGGGUCUAUGGGCGACAACUAACGUCAAUAAAGAAGAUGAUCACUCCUGAAGAUUUCUUCUGGUAUCUUAGAACUGGAGUGGGUGUCAUCUGCAAUCUGAGCGGCCUCGAAGUCAUUCAAAUACUCCCUGAGGACCCCUCAACGACAAUCACCGAACUGAUUAAAAAGAUUCAAAAGUGGAACCCUAGGUUCGAGAAAGACAACCGUUGGUUUUCUCGCAUUCAACUUGUUGAUUACAGUGGCAGAGUCCUUGGUGAAAUCGAGAUGGAGCCACAUAACUGA